CUUGGAUCACCUAAUUAUAUCUUUGGUAUUUAUGAUGGUCAAACAGUAGCUCCUGAUACUCCAUCUCAAGCUGUUCCAGGUAGUAAUAAAAUCACUACUCUCUUUCGUAGUUGGUUUGAUACACAAAAGUUACCUUGGAAUAAUACUGAAUUCGAUGGUCGAAGUGAUUAUGGACCCUUUUUAGCCGAAGGUAUAGUUGCUGGUGGUCUAUUUACUGGUGGUGACGAUGUCAAAACUCAAGAAACACGUGAUUAUUAUGAUCAAAUGCUUGGUCAAGGAAUGGGUGGCAUUGCUGGUGCUUUUCAAGAUCCAUGUUAUCAUCAAGUUUGUGAUUCAAUUCAGAAUAUAAAUGUAUUUGCAUUUGAGAAAAUGGUACAAGCAGCUGCUUAUGCUUUAGAAAGUUUAGCUCGACAAGAUGAUCUGAGCGGAUGGCUUUAUCCAAGUGGUAGACCUACACGUUCUAAUAAUGAAUUACCACAACGAAAAUAUAACUCUGUAAAUGAAUACUUUAGAUUACCUUAUUUCUAA